AGCAUUUGCAUAACACAUAAUUUAAAUUUUGUCCGCACCAAAAGGCUGGUCAUGAGCUUAUUAGCAUCAAUUCUGAACAGCCUCGCAAUGUCUACAAGUGGAAACAUGUCUCUGGCAAUAGCAUAGGACUUAAAAAGCUACCCUAUGUCAAGAACGCUGCCUGAUCGACGCACCUUGUAAUGAAAGUGAUUCAUCCCAUCCGAUGGAUGGGUUUCGGAUAUUUCCGGUGCGCCAUAUAGGUCAUACCUGGGCGAUAAAUGAGGCUUUAAUAGAGAUUAUAUUACCUGAGCACAUCAACUUCUGCUAUGUCGUCACAGGGAUCUAUGUUGUCAGUCAUGCAGUCUGGAACGGCUUUAGAGCUCCUGAAAACGGUAUCAUCCGUAUUGCCGACACCUUUCUGUUCGAUGGAUUCGCUUCAGUGAUCUUACCCACCCUUCUGACAUCAUCAGUCUACAGGCUGAGCCGCAGGGCGUUCCAAGGGAUUGCCCCACGCACCUUCUCGGUGUACUUCUCCACAGGCCUCACGAUGCUUGCCCUCUUCUCCCUGUGUGACUACAUAGACGAGUUUGUGGAUUCCAUACUGGACGUAACUGUCCGAACUGCUAUGGCAGUAACCGAAACGGUGGUGUAGUUUUCUAUGUCCGUCCGUCUAGCCAAAUCGACGUCUUCAGCGUUCAACGUAAGAGUUGCAAAAAAGGGAGAAAACAAAAUGAAUAAAAAGUGAAGCGGAAUGAAUCCUGUA